AUGCAGCCCCCAAGCGAUACCACCCUGCCCAUCCGACCAGUACCAUCCAACGACCUCCCAGAAUCCUGGAUCCGCGGCGUCAUCAUCCACCCUCAAACGAACCCACAACCCCUUGACAAAAACAUUUUCAUCCCAUGCCCAGUCCCAUGCGGCAACCUAACAUCCAGAUCCCUCGACCUUUCCCCAACAACACAAGCCCAGCUAAAUCCCGCCUGGAUGCCCUCCCCACUCUCUCAUCGUCUGGGAUUCCCAGUCAAACUGGCCCUGAUCAAUGGUCCGGAAAUCUACAACUCACAAGCACGCCUCUUCCUCGUCUACUCCAAGAAAGCCAGCCAGCGAUUCGGAUAUCACACUCAUAUCCCCUUGACUGGCCCUGUGUUGUUUGUGAGAGAAGAUGGACUGCCUUUGAGUAUUCAGCAGCUUGCUCCUGGGCUUUUUUAUAUCAAUGAUGUGGUUGCUCCGAUUGCUCGAGAACUUGUAACUAACAAAGAAAGCGGGGAGGUGGCAGGGAUGAAGGAUUUACUUGCUGAAAAGAUCUGCGCUGAGGAAUGCUACAAGUUCUGUGAGGAGUGGGUGGAAGAUAGGAAGGAUAAGCUGAGCUUUGAGGGGCUUGUUAAUGCUAUGCAGAUUCCGUUGAUGCCCGCGAUGCAACUCAAGGUGUUGGAGUUGGAUGAAAUUGUUGAAGGUUAUCCGCGGGAGACUUGA